AUGGCCACCCCCAGUGUUCUCACCUUUGACGCUGAGGGUCGGGCUGUUGACUUUGAGGUCUGGGUAGAUGAUCUGCAGCUUUUCCUACAGUGCGAUAGGGCAGACGGUCUCUCCCUCUUUGACCUCACUUCAGGUGCCUCUCCUGCCCCUGCUGCUGAUGCUGAUGCCACUGUUCGCUCACAGUGGACCACGCGCGAUGCUGCUGCCCGCCUUGCUGUGCGCCGCCACUUACUAACCGUUGAGCGCGCGCAUUUCAGUCAGUACAAGAGUGCAAAGACCUUGUACGACGCUGUAGUUGCACGCUACUCUUUCCCUGCCACAGCUGCUCUUAGCCGCCUCAUACUGCCGUACCUCGCCGCUUUUCCCACAGUCACUGACCUCAUUACGCACCUUUACACUAGUGACAUUCGCUACCGCGCUGCGCUUCCCGCUGAGGACCACUUUCUCUCUGUUUGCCCCACCACUCUCACCGUUGACCUCCUCGAGGAGCGCCUCCUAGCAGUAGAGAAGAGUAUAGUCGCUGUAGGAGCCUCUCGUGGUGACCCUCGUACCCCUGUCUUUGAGGCGUGCUCCCCCCCCCCCCUCUUGCCCUCUGUUUCCUCUGCUACUGCGGCCGGCCUCGUUGGUCUUGAGUCAGUCGGAGCUGCGUCUGCCCCUAGCGGGAGACGCCGCUCAGGCAAGGGCAAGGGGGGCAAGGGCGCUGGAGGAGCUGGCGGGGGUGGUGGAGGCGGCGGUGGAGGCGGCGGAGGGGGUGGGGGUGGCGGUGGGAGUGGUGGCGGGGGUGGGGGCGCUAGUGGCGGCAGUGGAGGCGGAGGAGGAGGCGGUGGUGGCGGUGCGGGCGGAGGUGGCGAAGGUGGAGGCGGUGGUGGAGGUAGCGGCGGCGAAGGUGGAGCUGAUCGGGGCAGCUCUACGCAGAGGGUCGGCUCCGGUGGUGGUGAGCGCCAGCAGCUUCGUGAGUGGUACAUUGCUCGUGAGCGGGGUGGGGGUGAUGGCCCCUGUACCUACGUUCUCCGUACCAGCGACCGCGCGAGUGAGCAGUGUGGGGGUCCGCACUCCGCUCAGCGCUGCUUCGGCCGUCUGACGGAUGCUUGGCAUCACCAAUUCCCCGACGCUACUAAGAUCCCUUGCUGGGGUGAGCUGUUUAGGGCGGGGGUUGCGAUCUUUGAUCUUGAUUAUGAUGCUAUUCUUGCUGCCAUGUAUGCUGUGACUAUUAGUGAUGAGGGUGACUGUUACCGGUGUUUUCCGCCUGACCCGGGCAUUGAGGCUGCUGCUCUAGGUGCCAGUGAGUCUGCUGCCCCAGGUGCUGGUGAGUCUGCGCUCUCAGGAUGCAGGGGUUCACCAGUUCACUCCUGCGAGUCAGCGAGUGACCCACUGAUCCUGUGCUCGUACGGGCCGUCACUUGGCCACGUUUACCCAUCAGCCGGGGUCAAGCCUGGGCGGCAGCGCGCUGCUCCUCACUCCUCCGAGUUUCCUCCGACAGAGGCUCCGCUGCAGACGCUUCACAUGGACGUGUGGGGCCCAGACCGCGUCCGUGGACAGGGUCACGAGCGUUACUUCCUGCUGGUGGUUGACUACUACUCGCGUUACACCACAGUCUUCCCCUUGCGCAGCAAGGGUGAGGUCACUGAGGUGUUGAUCGCCCGGAUCCGCGCAGCUCGUCUCCAGCUCAGAGAGAGUUUCGGCUCGGACUUUCCUGUUCUGCGUCUGCACUCCGACAUAGGCGAAGAGUUCUUCUCUGGCCUUCUGCGAGCCUUCUGUCAUGCACUAGGCAUCCGCCAGACUUGCACGCUUCCGGACUCUCCGCAGCAAAAUGGGAUUGCUGAGCGCCACAUUGGCAUGGUCAUGGACGUCACUCGUACGUCCAUGGUCCAUGCGGCUGCCCCCCAUUUUCUGUGGCCGUUUGCGGUCAGGUACGCGGCACAUCAGAUCAACCUUCAGCCCCGGGUCUCCAUGCCGGAGACCUCCCCUGCUUUGCUGUGGACGGGGAAGGUUGGCGAUGCGUCUGCGUUCCAUGUCUGGGGAUCUCGGGCAUUUGUUCGCGACUUGUCUGCGGACAAGUUGUCCCCUCGUGCUGUUCCCUGCAUCUUCCUUGGCUUCCCCCCUGAUGCGCCAGGCUGGCAGUUCUACCACCCCACCUCGCGUCGUGUUCUGUCCUCCCAGGACGUCAUGUUUGACGAGUCGGUUCCCUACUACCGUCUCUUCCCCUACCGCACUGCGUCCCUCCCGCCCCCGCCGCUCUUCCUUACGCCAGGUCCCCCUCCAGUAGACCCCCUCCCCCCUCAGGGUCCUGCCCCCUCACGUGUGUCCCAGGUAGACGCAGUCGAGCCUGUCGAGGUAGCUGUUGACUCUGGUGCUGCUAGGGGUGCUGAGCCUGCGGGUGCGGGGUCUGGGGAUGCUGAGCCUGGAGGUGCUGAGUCUGGGGGUGCUGCGACUGGGGGUGCUGAGCCUAAGGGUGCUUCGCCUGGGGGUGCUGAGCCUAGGGGUGCUGCAUCUGGGGGUGCGGAGUCUGAGGGUACUUGGCCUGCUCGUGUGGCGUCUGGUGGUGCUGGGCUAGGAGGUUCUUCGGGUGCUUCGUCCCGGCGGGAGCUACUCUCUCAACAGGAGCUGCGUGAGUGGUUUGCCCGGCGCUGGAGGCGUGCUGCUGGAGCUGGAGGUGCUGCGGGUGCUGGAGCUGCUGGGCCUGCGGGUGCUUCUAGUACUGUAGCUGGUGGUGGUGCGGGCGUCGGUGCUACUGGGGGUGCUGGAGCUGGUGGACCUGCUAUGUCUUCUGGUGGUCCGGGUGGAGCUGGAGCUGCUGGGGGUGUUGGCGGUGAGGGUUCUUCUGGUGCUGGUGCCUCUGAGGGUGCUGGAGUUUGCGCUGCUGGAGCUGGGGGUGCUGCUGGCGCUGGUGCUGUCGUUCGGGGUGCUGGUGCUGUCCCUUCUGGUGCUGGUGGUGCUGAGCGGUUGGGUCUGUCGUGA